CGCAGCUCGUCCCGGCCCUGGCCCGCCGCAGACCCGGACCCGCGGCGCUCGGGGAACGCGAUUGCGGUGCUCGUGGCCCCGGGCUUGAAGACCCCUCCAGAAUGCCGGAGGAGAGUUCCCCCCGGCGGACCCCGCAGAGCCUGCCGUACCAGGACCUCCCUCACCUGGUCAAUGCUGAUGGACAGUACCUCUUCUGCAGGUACUGGAAACCCACAGGCACACCCAAGGCGCUGGUCUUCGUGUCCCAUGGAGCCGGGGAGCACUGCGGCCGCUAUGAGGAGCUCGCUCAGAUGCUGGUGGGGCUGCAGCUGCUGGUGUUCGCCCAUGACCACGUUGGCCAUGGGCAGAGCCAAGGGGAGAGGAUGGUGGUGUCCGACUUCCACGUGUUCGUGAGGGACGUGCUCCAGCACGUGGACCUCGUGCAGAAGGACCACCCCGGCAUCCCCGUCUUCCUCCUGGGCCACUCCAUGGGCGGUGCCAUCGCCAUCCUGACCGCCGCAGAGAGGCCGGCCCACUUCUCCGGCAUGGUCCUGAUCUCGCCUCUGGUGCUCGCCAGUCCAGAGUCAGCAACAACGUUCAAGGUCCUUGCAGCAAAAGUGCUCAACCUCGUGCUGCCAAACCUGUCCCUGGGGCCCAUCGACUCCAGCGUGCUCUCCCGGAACAAGACGGAGGUGGACCUGUACAACGCGGAUCCUCUCAUCUGCCGCGCUGGGCUCAAAGUGUGCUUCGGCAUCCAACUGCUCAACGCCGUGUCGCGGGUGGAGCGGGCCCUGCCCAAGCUGACCCUGCCCUUCCUGCUGCUCCAGGGCUCCGCCGACCGCCUGUGUGACAGCAAAGGGGCCUACCUGCUCAUGGAGUUGGCCAAGAGCCAGGACAAGACACUCAAGAUUUACGAAGGUGCCUACCAUGUUCUCCACAAAGAGCUUCCUGAAGUCACCAACUCCGUCUUCCACGAAAUCAACAUGUGGGUCUCUCAAAGGACAGCUGCGGCCGGGACGGGCUCCCCGCCCUGAGCACCUUGGCCAGGUGACCGGCUCACGGUCUGGGGGGGGGGCAGGCGGAGGGAGGGCAGCGCCGGCUUCUCAGAAGUGGCUUCCACACACACUCACACUCACACAGAACACAACACAGCCACCACCAAUUGGAGGAAUCACUAGCUCAACUGGAUUUUUUUUUUAACCUAGAAAUACGUUUCUGUCACCCUAAGGCUGGCAGGGGGCAGGCACUUUAUGCAAAAAAGAAAAGGGUCCCAGGCCACGUGGCCAAGGAUGGCUGAACCAUCCUGAGUGGAGCCUCGGCCCUGCCUUUCCCAGUCCCACCAGUUUCCCUGGGAUUCCUGGGAUGCCAGGCUUGGCUGCAACUGAGGAGACCUGCCCUGCCCCCUCCCAGCUCCUACCCAGACUGGCCUGGCCCUGUGGCCUGCCUGCGGCCAUGUGACGAGGUGGCCGCCAUCCACAUCCAGGCCAGCUCCCCCAGGUGCCUGUGUGCCCCUGGAGGCCGCACUUCUGGAGAUGAGCAGAAAACAGUGGGCUCUUGGAGCCUGAAGUCCCGCUUUGGGGCCGAGGGUGAGGUUGAGCCCAGAAAGGGAGGGAGGCAGGAAGCCUGGCGCCCCCUCCUCCAGCCUUUGACUCCUAUGGGGGACUUGGGCUGCCCGUGUUGCACUGCGUAACUAACCCAGCGCCAGCGUGACUAACCCCCCCUGCUGCUGGGGGAUUGCACCGCGCCUGAUACAGAAUGUAUAUUCGGAAGCAGACACUGCUUUGGUGGGCCCAGGGGUGGGAGCAAGGGGAGCUGGAAGGGAGCCCCUGAGCGGGAGACGGCCCAGUGCCCCUGAGCCUGGGGGAACUCCCCAGCCCUGCAGGACAGCGCCCAGGGUCUCAGUGCUGGCAGCACAGCUCCCUCUAGUGGCAGGAAGAGGGAAUUGUCCAUCCCAGUGGCCGCCCUGCCCAGGCAGCACGGAGCACUCACAGGGACCCAGCCUAUCCCUGGGCACAGCAGGAUGUGCGGAGCGGUCCUUGCCCCAGGCCAUGGCUGGCCUUGGCCAGCCUUUCCCAGAUAAGGCCCCUGCCUGACCUGCCCUACUCAGGUGCCCACCCUGCCCUGGCCCCGCCCUUGGCCUCACUUAGCGCCAGCAAUAAACGGGGCCCACGGCCCAGUGCAGGCCCACUCCCACCUUUCCAAGGGGCCUUGCUGUUACCUCAGGAGCCUCAUGAGCGCAAAUGUGGCCCUGGCUGGGGGUGGGGGGGGGGCGGCUGCUGGGUGCCGGCAAACCCCACGGCCCAUGACGCAACCCGGGGGCCCAACCCUGCGGCGGAGGCUGGGCACUGGGGGCUUGGAAUCUGUCCCCUCCAUGGCCUGCCCUUCUCCGGACUGGGUCUGGGUGCCCAGAGAAGGCAGAGACUGGGGUCAGGAGCUGGCCCACCUACUGGAGGCCAUGCAUGUGGGUUCCCUUGUCCCUGCUCCUUACGAAAGGCCAGCCCUGCAUGGCAGAGAGACGCCCAGGUGCUGGCCGAGCCCAGGUCCCCGCAGGGAGCAGCUCCCCAGCCCCACCUCGUAACUCUGGCUUCUUGGGAAGACAGAGCUAUGAGAAUGUGGGGAGCCCCACCGUGCCAGGCCUCCACAGGGAUGUGCCUGCUCUUGGCGGGGGAGAACCGGGACCCCACCAUGGACCCCGAGGGGCCCAUGCAGUCAGAUCUGCCACCCCUACCCCCAGCUGGGACAGUCCGGGCCACCCCCGGUCCCCAUGCUGCCUCCCCAGAAGCACAGGACAGCAACAGCUGUUCCUACACUAGACAUCGUGCACUAGGGCAGGACAGCCCUUACAGACGUGCAAAACCUGUCAAGGCGACGCAUGUGCUUGAAGAACCCCCAGUAGCAAACCCUACGGUCUGAACCCAGAGUAUCCACCUUCCUCUGUAGGUGGGCAGGGGGCUGGGGGUGGCACGCCUUGGGCAAGGCCCCCGGAGCAAUGCCCUGCACCCUGUCCUGAGCAAGGCAUGGGAGCUCUGAAUCCAGCCUUCGGGACCAGGAAGGCCCCGUGCUGGCCUCGGAGCUGCUGAGCAGCUGGGGUUCUGAGGGGAAUACGGCCGUAGACGGCUCGGCUUCUGGAUGGGAGUGGAGGGCGGAGGCCCUCCAUACUUGGGUCACCAGGCCAAAGCCCUGAUGCGAACACGGCACCUUCCCCAGCAUCCCCGAGGCACCGCAGACCCACGGAGGGGACUGGGGAGAGAUGAUGCCUGCAUCAGUGGGGGUACGACCCCCUCCCCCCAGGCCCCCGGCCGAGAUGGGCGAUGAGCAGAUGGCCACCUCCCUCCCAGCACGACCCCAGGCUCUGCCUCAGCUCCUGGCUGGCGCUGGGGCUCGGAGAGCGAGUGCUGGGGGAGACUCGGUGAACCCACUGGCCUGGGCCUCCCCACGCACCUCCCGGCUCCCACUAGCUCCUGUCUUCCCGAUUGCCAGCGUAAACCUGUUAGAUGACCGUGAUCUUCCGAGCCGUCCACCACUCUGUCACUGUCACCACGGCACAGUCCCGCCUCCAUGUGUACGCCGUAGGCGGGGAACGCGUUACCAGCUUCGAGAUGUUCCGAGCACCCAUGUACGCCACAGCUUAUCGUAAUAAACAGGUGUUU